GUUGUCGUCAUGGCUUCUGGAAGCACGAGCAGCGAAGAGGAGCGGAGCCUGAGGGAGUGUGAGCAGUAUGUGCAGAAACACAACAUUCAACAGCUGCUGAAGGACUGCAUUGUCCAGCUGUGCACCUCCAGGCCUGACCGGCCCAUGGCCUUCGUCAGGGAGUACUUUGAGAGGCUUGAGAAGGAGGAAGCAAAGCAGAUCCAAAACCAGCAGAAGGCUAGCAGUUCACGUUCGGACUCCCGCGAUGAAGAGGUUUCGCCGCCUAUGAACCCCGUAGUGAAAGGUCGCCGGCGGAGGGGAGCCUUUAGCGCUGAGGUUUACACUGAAGAGGAUGCCGCGUCCUACGUCAGAAAGGUCAUUCCGAAGGACUACAAGACGAUGGCAGCCUUAGCCAAAGCUAUCGAAAAGAAUGUGCUCUUUUCCCAUCUGGAUGACAAUGAGAGGAGUGACAUAUUUGAUGCCAUGUUUCCUGUCACCUACAUUGCUGGGGAGACCGUUAUUUUGCAGGGUGACGAGGGUGACAAUUUUUACGUUAUUGACCAAGGAGAGAUGGAUGUGUACGUGAACAACGAAUGGGUGACCAGCAUCGGCGAAGGCGGAAGUUUCGGCGAGCUGGCACUGAUAUACGGCACCCCAAGGGCUGCCACCGUUAGAGCCAAGACCAAUGUCAAGCUGUGGGGUAUUGACAGAGACAGCUACAGGAGAAUACUCAUGGGAAGCACUUUGAGGAAGAGGAAGAUGUAUGAGGAAUUCCUCCGGAAAGUAUCCAUCUUAGAGUCCCUGGACAAGUGGGAGCGCCUAACUGUCGCCGACGCACUGGAGCCGGUUCAGUUUGAGGACGGCCAGAAGAUUGUGGUACAGGGUGAACCCGGUGAUGAGUUCUUCAUCAUUUUAGAGGGGUCUGCUGCCGUCCUGCAGCGUCGCUCAGAGAACGAGGAGUUUGUUGAAGUGGGAAGAUUAGGACCAUCUGACUAUUUCGGUGAGAUUGCUCUGUUGAUGAACCGCCCCCGCGCUGCCACCGUAGUGGCCCGCGGCCCCCUGAAGUGCGUCAAACUGGACCGGCCUCGCUUCGAGCGUGUCCUGGGCCCGUGUUCAGACAUCCUCAAACGCAACAUCCAACAGUACAACAGCUUCGUCUCGCUGUCGGUCUGA